AUGGCUCCUCAAGAUAGCUUCAUUGAUGAUGAAGAGGACACUUGCCCUCUAUGCAUCGAAGAAUUCGAUCUUUCCGACCGGAACUUUAGGCCUUGUCCUUGUGGAUAUCAGAUUUGUCAGUUCUGCUUCAACAAUUUGAAGAACAAUCUGAAUGGACUGUGCCCCGCAUGCCGACGACCUUAUGACGAGAAGGAUAUACAAUGGAAGGUUGUCACACAUGAAGAGGAGGCCGAAUUUCGUGCCAAUAUCCAGAAGAACCAGAAGAAGCGAGCAACGGAGCAACGCCAAAAAGAGGUUCAGAAACGCGAAGCCGAGAAGGAAAGCCGCAAGAAUCUCCAGGGGGUUCGCGUCGUACAAAAGAAUCUCGUUUACGUUACGGGGUUAACACCUACUGUACGGGAAGACGAAUUGCUCAAGACUCUUCGCAAACCUGAGUUCUUUGGCCAGUAUGGUAACAUCCAAAAGAUUUCGAUUAGCAAUCGUAAGUCUGCCGAUGGUCAACCUCAGUCCCUUGGUAUCUAUGUCACGUUUGAGAAGAAGGAUGAUGCUGCUCGGUGUAUACAGGCCGUACACGGCUCGCAGAAUGGUGACCGCAUCCUGAAGGCACAGCUAGGAACGACUAAGUACUGCUCGGCAUGGCUCAGACACGAACAAUGUGGAAACCGUCAGUGCAUGUUCUUGCACGAGCUUGGCGACGAGGAGGACAGUUAUUCUCGACAAGAUCUCUCUUCGUUAAAUAGUGUCCACACACAACGUCCGCUCGCCAAUGCUGGUUCAAGCUCGCGAUCUACGUCGCGACAACAGACACAUGCAUUCUUACCUGCUGGAUCGCAAGCCAUGGCCCGCUCCUCUAGCAAGGAAGGUUCGGAUGCUGGUGACGGUCCAGCACUGCCGGCUUCGGCGAACUGGGCACGUACUACUCAGCAGCGGAGUAGAAGAGGCAGCCAUGCUACCAGCGGUGCUGCCUCGAGUCCCGCUAUCUCAACUUCGUUGCCAGUAACUAGUGAGUCCGCGCAGGAGACCACUGAAACCGUCCCGCCCACGGAGCCUCCCGCUCCAGCUACUCGAAAGGCUGAGAAGCAGCCGGCGGCCGAUGCGCCUGUGGUAACAAGCCCCGAUACUGAACAGGCACCCCUUGCACCUGAAGUGAAGUCUGAAGUGCUUGAUUUUGAUGUCGUUAUGAAGCAACUUGCCGCCUGUCCGGAGAGCGCGUUUGUGCCACCCAAGGAAAUGGACGACUCCUAUCCCCCAUUGUUCGAUGUUAAUGGGGGUAGACGAAGACGGGCUUUGAGGGAUGAGGAGGAGAAUCGCCUGGGCGAUAGCGAGGAAGCAGUCGAAAACCUGGAGCCUUCCGAAGGUGAGCCUGAGAGCGGUAGUCUCGCACUUGGUGGAGAACCUGAGGAUAGAGACCAGGGUCGUGACGGUGGUCGCUUUGACCAGAGGCGAAAUCCAACGCAACCCCCGAUUCAGCGAACUAACACAAACGACCUGUUCGGACCAAGUCUGACUUCAUAUGGACAAAGCUCUGCAGGUAUUGGUUCUAUUGGCGGUGGCGGUCGUACCAUUACACCACAGCAGCAGCUUUUCGUCCGACCUCAGGGCAGCUUCGCCGAACAGAUGCCGCCGGGUAUCUCGCCACAAACCUCGUCUCUCUUCCAAUCUCAGGGUCACAGUCGCCAGCAAUCGAGGUUCAGCUUCGCGAAUGAAAACAAUUCUAGUUCGAUUAACGUCAAGUCGACUGGUGACCCGCGCUACAUGGCUCAGCAAUCAUCCAUGAUGCCAUCCGCGUAUCGUUCGCAGCCAGGUAACCAGUUGUAUUCUACAUCUAUACCGGGACCUCCUCCGGGGCUGAAAUCUGCGGGGAGUACUCCAGUCAACGGUGGAAUGUUCGGCCAAGGGCAUUCGUUUGGAGGAUCAACAUUUGGGGCGGGAUCUAAGGAUAGUUCGAGCGAGCUUCUCCAGUCAUUGAUGCGUGGAAGAGGUGCGGGCAGCACCCAGGCCCACGAGGCCGCAAAGCGUGAGUACUUUCCUUUCACUAAUCAAUACCCUCCCUCUACCUCCUCCACCCCAGCUCCUGCUCCGGCUCCGGGCCUCCUGGCAUCGCUCCACGGUACGCAGCCUGGAGCUUUCCAAGAUUUCGGACCAAAGCAGAAGAAGAAGGGGAAGAAGCACAGACACGCUAACACUUCCUCCUCUGGGGGGAGUGGCUUAGUAGAUCUUGCAGACCCGAGUAUCCUGCAGGCGAGAAUGCAGCACCAGCAACAGGGGACCAGCUCCGGAGUCGGACAGGGGCUGUAUGGUGGUCAAAACUCAGGUGGGUACAAUCCCAACAUGGUGUAUGGGAGUGGCGUCUACGGUGGCAGAUGGUAG